AUGGAUAGAAAGGAAGAGGCGCAUGAACUUGUACGCAAAGGUCUAAGUAAUGAUGUUAAGGGUACUCAUCAAGGCAAUUAUAAAGGCAGUCAUAUAUGUUGGCAUGUCUACGGAUUACUUCAUCGAUCCGACAAGAACUAUGGCCAAGCAUUAAAAUGCUAUACUCACGCUCUAAAAAUCGACAAGCAUAAUAUGCAAAUCCUGUUAGAUUACUCUCUUUUGCUCAUCCAAAUGCGAAAUUAUGAGGCAUUCAAUGAUUCCCAACUUCAAUUAUUGAGCUUAAAACCGAACAAUCAAAAAUAUUGGAUAGGUCUUGCGAUCUCUCAUCAUUUGCUAAAAAAUUAUGAGACAGCGGAAAAAGUGUUAACCACUUACGAAAGCACAUUGAAGGAAAAACCUAUACCGUUGGAUUUUGAGCAUGGAGAAAUGUUAAUGUAUCGCAAUUUAAUAAUCGAAGAAAGUGGAGAUAUCCAAAAGGCUUUAGAGAAUUUGGAAUCUAUCAAGGAUAAAGUUUGUGAUAUACAAUCAUGGAAAGAGAAAAAGGCUCAGUUUAUGUUGAAGCUUGAAAAACACCAAGAAGCUGAGGAAGCUUAUCGAGAACUAAUCGAUCUCAAUCCCGACUGCUACGAAUAUUUUGAGGGUCUACACCAAUCUCAAAAAAUUAAUACGCGGGAAUUAAAUGAGGAGCAACAGGUGGAGUUUCUAAGAACCUACAAGGAGCUAGCAAUUAAAUAUCCACGGUCGAAUGCUAUCAAAAGAUUUCCCUUACAAUAUACGUCCGGUGAGAAUUUCAAACAAGCAGUCGAUGAAUAUCUGCAAUCGGCACUUCGUAAAGGUGUUCCUUCCCUAUUCGUCAACGUAAAAAAACUCUACGAUGAUCCCGAAAAAGCGUCCAUAAUUGAAUCUCUUGUGGAAGGAUACCUUGAGUCAUUGAAGAAGUAUGAAACUUUUACUUACAAUGGAACCGAAGUCGAUUUAAAAGAACCACCGACAGCGUAUUUGUGGACACUUUAUUUCCUUGCACAGCAUUUUGAUUAUAAACGGGACACGAUAAAAGCGUUGCAAUUAAUUAACGAAGCGAUCGAACAUACCCCAACUAUGGUUGAAUUAUAUAUGACAAAGGGUCGUAUUCUUAAGCAUGGAGGUGACGUUUGCGAGGCCAUGAAAGCUAUGAAUGAAGGACGCGAACUUGAUCUCCAAGAUCGUUUCAUCAAUUCAAAAUGUACCAAGUAUAUGCUCAGAAACGGUCAAAUAGCCGAAGCUGAAAAGACGAUAGGCCUAUUCACAAGGGGUGAUGCGCCAGACCCACUUACGGAUCUCAUCGAUAUGCAAUGUAUGUGGUUUGAACUUGAGGAAGGUGAAUGUUUCUUGAGGCAAAAUAAGUUUGGUAGAUCUCUUAAAAGAUUCCACCAAAUUGAAAAGCAUUUUGCCGAUAUUACGGAUGAUCAAUUUGAUUUUCACUCUUAUUGUUUACGUAAAGUAACGCUUCGUGCCUACUUGAGCAUGUUACGCUUAGAGGAUCGACUGCGGUCCCAUCCUUACUACUUCCGUGCUGCACAGAAUGCUAUCAAAAUAUAUUUGACACUAUAUGAUAAUCCCUCAGUAAUUGCCGAGAGGGAGGAUAAUUCAAAUUUUGCAAAUAUGACCGAAGGUGAAAUAAAAAAAGCUAAAAGUAAAGCAAAAAAAGCUGCUGCUAAAGCACAGCAAGAGGCUGAAUCUAAAAAAGCUCAACAAGAAGAGCAAGCAAAAAAGAAAGUCGGCGAAAAGCCACGAGACGACGAUCCGGAAGGGGAAAAAUUUGUCAAGACUACUGAUCCUUUGGGGGAAGCGUUUAAAUUUUAUCAGCCACUUCAAGAAUUAUCUCCAAAAAGAAUCGAAACGCAUUUGCUUGGAUUUGAGGUUUAUUUACGGAAGAAAAAAUACUUGCUUGCGCUUAGGUCUCUUAUCCAAGCACAUAGAAUUAAUUCGAACAAUCCGACUCUCCAUCAAGACAUAAUACGUUUCGAGAAAGAUGUCGCUAGUGAUACCUCAAUUAACCUGAUUGUUGCAAAAGUCGUUACGGAACAAUUGUCAAUCAUUCAUUCUCAAGACAUUUCUCUACCAGAGUUCAAUACUGAAUUUCUCGAGCGAAAUAAAGGUUCUGUUCCGCAUUUAUUAGUUGCAGCAGAAUCUUUAUUACUCAUCGACCCGAGUUAUAAACAGGAAGCCGAAGAUUUGUUGUUGAGGGUAAUUGAUAACGAGGAAUAUGCUAAAACUAGAACAUUACCGAUUUGCAUUAAUAUCUAUGAGAGUCUCAAGAAAACGUUCAAUUCCCCUAAAGCUGAACAAUUUAGACUCAAGUGUAAAGAAUGGUUUCCCAUUGCAACUUAUGUAAAGCAAGCGACUAUCUUUAGCAAUGCUUGCCUUGGUCGGAAUCGUAGUAGCGUUGCUUCGAAACUUUGCUUUACUAUUUGGUCAAGAGGUAUGAGUGAAUUAUCAAGAGUAAAAGCUGAGAUGCCUGAAGUCAAAGCUGUUGUUUAUGGAAAAUAUGGACAACCUAAAGAGGUUCUGAGAGUUCUUAAAUACCGUCUUCCAUCACUUACACCAACAUCAGUUCUUCUUCACUUUCUUGCUAUACCGAUAAAUCCUUCGGAUAUUAAUCAAAUCGAAGGCGUUUAUCCAUUGCGACCGCCUUUCACUCGAGAAGAAUUUGGAACCGAGGAUGCAGUGGCAGUCGCCGGAAACGAAGGUGUUGCUGAGGUUAUUGGUGUUGGUGAUCAAGUGAAAGGAUUUAGUGUAGGUGAUUGGGUUGUGAUGUCGAAGGCAGGGUUCGGAACAUGGCGAACUCAUGCUAUUGCUAAACCUGAAGAAAUUGCUCGAAUAGAACCAGGGUCUAUAGAUUUAGCAUCAGCAGCUACGUUAACUGUUAAUAAUGCAACUGCUUAUCGAAUGUUGAAGGAUUAUGUAAAGCUUAAAAAAGGUGAUUAUGUAAUACAAAAUGGAGGUAACAGUGGCGUUGGCCAGGCUGUAAUACAAAUUGCGAAAGCUUGGGGCAUCAACACUAUCAAUACUAUACGGGAUCGACCAGAUUUUGAACAAGUAAACUCGAGAUUACAAUCACUUGGCGGUGGAGAAUCAGACACAAAAACCAUUGUAAUCAGUGAUCAAGAUUUAGAGAGCAAGUAUCGUUCAAAACCGCAGUUCCUGAAGUUUAUAGGUGAUGAAAAGGCAAAUAUUCCGUUGGGACUUAAUUGUGUUAGCGGGGAUUCUGCAACUAUGAUUGCUAAACACUUAAGUUACUCUGGAUAUCUUGUGACUUAUGGUGCAAUGUCACGUAAGCCAUUGCGUAUUCCCGCGUCAAUGCUAAUCUUUGAUGACCUGCGUUUUGUCGGAUACUGGAUGGCGAAUUGGAAAGAGACACAUCCUAUCCAGGAAUACCGUGAAAUGUUGGAUGACCUUAUUGCGUUAAUUCAAACGAAAAAACUCGGAAGUUUUGUUUAUGAGGAAAAUAAAUGGGGUGAUGAGACAGAUGAGAAAGAGUUGUUGGCAAAGUUUUAUGAAGUUUUUGAUAAGGCAUAUCCUGAUUCGCAUGGUGUCAAGCAGAUUCUUAAGAUACACUGA